GCGACGCAGGGAAGCUGAGAACUGGUUAGCUUUCGAAACUGGAUGUUGGCGAGACACGAGACAAGUAGAUCGCAAGAUAAAAUGGUCAUCGGUUGCAGUACAAAGAUGUUUUGGUAGUUCGUUUCAAACUCUGCAAUCGGAAACCGUUUCAUCCUUCAGUGCAGAGGUCAAUACAGCGUCAAGUGGGAACUCUGAGAGCACUGCAGCGGACUGACUGAAAAAGUACAGCAGUGAUGUCACAUAUAGACAACACCCCUGACACCACGCCCUUCUUCUCUGAUGACAAUGAGAUUGAAGCAGCAGGUGACUCAGGGACACAUCCCUCACAGCCACAAGAGGAGGAGUCACCAAGUGGGGUGUCCAGUAGGAGAGCAGCGUGGACAGUGGCCGUCCUCUGUUAUAUCAACCUCCUCAAUUACAUGGACAGGUUCACUGUAGCAGGCGUUCUUCCGGAUAUUGAAAAUUUUUUCAAAAUCAGUGAUAGUAACUCAGGGCUGCUCCAGACUGUUUUUAUCUGCAGUUAUAUGAUCCUGGCUCCAGUGUUUGGGUAUCUGGGCGACCGGUAUAACAGGAAGUUUAUCAUGUGUGGCGGCAUCACUUUCUGGUCUAUCGUGACACUUGCCAGCUCCUACAUUCAAAGAGAUUAUUUCUGGGCGCUGUUGUUGACGCGAGGGCUGGUGGGUGUCGGCGAGGCCAGUUACUCCACCAUCGCUCCGACCAUCAUCGCCGACCUGUUCGUCAAAGAAAAAAGGACCACCAUGCUCUCUGUGUUCUACUUCGCCAUCCCGGUGGGCAGUGGCUUGGGCUACAUCGUGGGUUCAAAAGUCGACGAAGCGGCCGGGGACUGGCACUGGGCCCUAAGGGUGACCCCUGCCCUGGGUCUGGUAGCGGUGUUAUUGCUGCUGUUUGUGGUAAAGGAGCCAAAGCGUGGUGCCGUGGAGGAGCGACCAGAACACACCCUCCACAGAACCGGCUGGGUGGCCGACAUGACCGCCCUCUGCCGAAAUAAGAGUUUUGUGUUGUCCACGUUUGGCUUCACGGCCGUGGCCUUUGUCACGGGUUCUCUGGCCCUCUGGGCACCAUCGUUCCUCUUCAGAGCAGCCGUUUUUAUAGGAGAGAAACAACCAUGCAGAAAAGACCCCUGUGAUGCCUCAGACAGUCUGAUUUUCGGCAUUAUCACGUGCGUGACGGGCAUUCUGGGCGUGGCCACUGGCCUGAUGGUGAGCCGGUACCUGCGGAAGAAGACGCCGCGGGCGGAUCCCCUCAUCUGCGCCUCCGGCCUCCUCCUCGCCGCUCCUUUCCUCUACCUCUCCAUCGUGUUCGCUCAGAUCAGCACCGUCGCCACUUACAUUUUCAUCUUCCUGGGUGAGACUUUCCUCUCCAUGAACUGGGCCAUUGUAGCUGACAUCCUGCUGUAUGUCGUGGUCCCCACGCGCCGCUCCACUGCGGAAGCUUUCCAGAUAGUUCUCUCACACUUGCUGGGUGACGCGGGGAGUCCCUACCUCAUAGGAGUGGUCUCUGACUCCCUGAAGCGGUCAGAGUCGUAUAUGUGGGAGUUCCGUUCUUUGCAGAUUUCUCUGCUGCUUUGCUCUUUCGUGGCCGUAGGGGGCGGAGCUUUCUUUUUGGCCACCGCCCUGUUUAUCGAGAGGGACCGGCAACGCGCCGAGAAUUACGUCCCUUCAGAUGAUGCUCCAAUCAUUGUUCCCAAGAGAGGGAGGUCCACAAAGGUGCCAGUGUCGAGUGUUUUGAUUUGAGGAGGAGGAAUGAUGUCGGAGGUUCUCAGUCCUGAGAGCAAUAUCCUCAUUGGCUGGAACAGAGGGACCUGUGAGGCUCUUAGCCAAUCAUGGACUAGUCUGUACUGAAUGAAUUGAGUCACUGAUUGGACUGUCUCCCCUUCAGGGAUUUUUAUGCUAAUUUAUUAAAGCUUGUAAUGUCUUGUUUAUAGGACGAUUAUUAUUAUUAACCAACAGAUGAAUGGGAGAACAGAUUUUUCUAACGUUAGGUUUAAAGUAGUCCAUUUGAAUUAUGCACUGUUCCUGUACUUCCCUCUGCUUUCAAGCAUCUGGCAUUCCACUCACUACAUGCUCUGUAAUGGAGUAAACAGAGAGGCUUCUGGGAAAUGUAUGCAAUUGGAGAGGUGAACAAUGAGAACCAGAACUGAAUUUACUUUUGUUAUUACAGAGAAGCACAAAAUUGCGUUUACGACUCUACACCACAACGGGGGAUUUUUUUUAAAUUUUUUUUUUUUUUUUUAUGGGGAAGGUUGUGGUAAGAGGUCUAAAGAGUGCCAGUCAAAGGUCAGGGAUGCAGGUCAAACACAGACAGGCAGUUGAACUUUUUUUUUUUUUUCACAGAGUCAGUAUCGACCACCUGUCUCCAUAGCAACUGUUUAAGACUCCAAACCACUACAGCGCUGACGGUUUUUCUGCUCUUUGCAAAAAUGCUAGCAUCUACCAGCUACUGAGAAACUGUCAGGCCAAAACUGGUACUAUCUGUAAACGAAUCUAGUUUUUGCUGCUCUAUGAGCACCCUGUGCUCCACUACUUAUCAACAAACUAACCAACCCUGUUUUCAAGCUACCAGUAGACAUAACCACAGUAUCUCACCACAUCUAAUGUAUGUGUGUAAUCUUUUUCCGAAUUUUCUCUUUGGAGAUCUAUUUGCAUAAAUAAAUAAAUAAAUAAAAACCCCACGGUAAAGCAGACCUGCCCUUCCAACCUGCUCAUGUUGCCGGAGUUAAAAAAUCAUUAAGAAUGAUUUUUGACGUUUCCAGUAUUUCAUGAAGUAGAAAUGAAGAAAUUAAGUGAAAAGUUUGGUUUGAGCAGUGAAGAAAAUGAGGUUUUGUUUGUUUGUUUUUUUUACUUCUUCCAGAUCUAGCGGAUGUAUCCCUUUUAAUUGUCUGAGAAACAGAUUUUGAUGAAGACAGUUAUGGUACAUUCUUCAAAUUGUAUUGUAUUUGUUCUUUUGAGAGGAUGUGGUCCUGUGAUGUUAAUUACAUUUUGAA